UCAAUAAUACACAAUCACUGAAACACUGUGUCAGAUGAAAUAUGUGAAUAUUAUAUUAUUUACACACAGAUUUAUAAAAAUGCUUUUGCGUAUUUGUAUAAUAUAAUAUAGAUAGAUUAUUUGUGAUUGACAUUUUAAUUAAUUUCACCUUAUCACUUAUCAGCUGUUGAAUGUUUUAAGUGUUUAACGACUUUACGGUUUAACGUGUCUUUUUUGUACUCACGAAACAUAGGUACAAAAAAAUAAAUAAUUUUCCUCGAGAAUUCGUUGAAUAUUCGAUGAUGAUGAUACUAAGUAACAAAAUGUACCUCCUGGAUGGCAGCUUUAUCAGUGGUGUAACACCUUAUGUAGAUAUUGACAGCGUUAUGAAACAUCCACUUUGGGGAUCACAUUUGCUUUUAAACAACGAAGAUGCUGUUAUUCGUGGGCACAAAGAUUACAUUAAAGCUGGAGCCGAUUUUUUAACCACCAUCACAUACCAAGCAAGCAUCGGAGGCUUUCAAAAAUAUUUGGACCUAGAUUAUGAUCAGAGUUUUGAAUUGAUUAAGAAAUCUGUAAUAAUUUGUCGGCAAGCAAUAACAGAGGAAAAUGUAGAACGCAAUAUACAAGUAAUGGGAUCUGUUGGUCCAUAUGGUGCCUCAUUACGUGAUUGUUCAGAGUAUAAUGGUAAUUACAUUGACACCAUAAAUUUAAAAGAAUUAUAUGAUUGGCACAAGCCUCGAAUUCAAGCAUUGGUGGAGGCUGGAGUCGAUGUAAUGCUUUUUGAAACAAUACCUUCUGUCAUUGAGGCUACUAUUUUGCUAAGUAUACUGACUGAAUUUCCAAAUCAAAAAGCAUGUUUAUCGUUCUCGUGCAAGGACGGCAAUCAUUUGAGUCACGGUGAAACAUUUUCAAGUGCUGUUGAAAUGUUCUGGUCAAACGAUUACCGUAAACAGUUAAUUGCCAUUGGUAUGAAUUGCUUGCACCCAAAAUUUAUUACACCACUUUUGAUGUCCGUUAAAACUAAAAAUGUUAAUUUUAUUACUUAUCCAAACGGAGGUGGCAUUUGGGAUAUCGCUAAAAAUUGUUAUGACGAUACUCAAAUAUAUAAAGUUUCUAUGGACGAUCUUAACAUAUGGAAUAAAAAAGGGUUGAAAAUAUUUGGAGGCUGUUGUAAAACUGAUGCUAAUGAAAUAGCACGUUUGAGAAGGUUAAUAGAUGAUCUACAUUUAUAAGGCAAUUUUUAUAAUUUUAAUGUUUGUAUGAUUUAUGUUUACAUGUUAUUGUUAAUUAUGGACUUUGAUGUAAAAUAUAUUUAUAUAUUUUAGUUUUUACAUAUAAUUGAUUAACAAAUCUAAUUAUUUGAAAUUAUUCCAAUUAAAAUUAUAUUUUGUACCCAAAUUACCAGCCAUAUCAAUAUGUUAAUUAAAUCAGUAAUGAAGUAAAUCAAUAUCAUAAUAAUCUAUAUAAACUGUGCCACAGUACUAAUUGUUUAUUUACUUCAAACCAUAUUUCACAUGCAAUAAAUUAAUAUAUAUUUUAUAUAAUAAUAUUAUGUAAAUUAAUAUUUAUAAAUCUAUUAAACAUUUGAGAUAUACAACUAUGUA